CGAGUGGCCGGAAAAGUGUGCUCAUAGGCCGGCUACGGUGGGAGCUGCCCUCCCCCGAUAUGGUGGCUCGGGCGUUGAAGUCUACGCAGUACAGUCGCUCCAGAAGCAGAAUUGUCAAUGGAAGACUCCAUCGAAGUGAUCCUGCAGGUCCUUCCUUUGAGCAAUCCUCAUCCGGUGUUGUCGGCCUGCACUGGUGCCCUGUUCACAGGCCUCUAUGGAGUAUGGAGCCUCUUCACCAUGCCCGGCUUCCGGAAAAUCCCGCACAACCUCAAGGUGCCCUAUUUGCCCUCCUGUAAGGAUCAGACAUGGAACAUCAUGAAGCUGCUUGAUGGCCGCACAGGUCGCUUAGCAGAUCUGGGAUCAGGAGAUGGGAGAGUGGUGUUUGCUGCCUCCUCUGCUGGCUUCAAGUGCACUGGCUUCGAAAUUAACUCCAUUCUUGUUGCGUAUGCCAGGGCAAAGGCCCAUUGGACCGCAUUGCCUUCCAGCCAGGCUACCUUUGUUAAAAAAGACUUUUGGAAGACGGAUUUAUCACAGUACAACAACGUGACGGCUUUUCUUGCUACAGGAGUGAUGGAAGUGCUCGGAGAGAAGUUGCUGAAAGAGCUUCCUGACGAUGCACGAGUCAUCGCUUGCCGCUACCCUUUCCCCGGCUGGACUCACCAGUCCACUCUCGGCUCAGGACUUAACCAAACGUGGGCCUACGACAUUGGCACUGUGAGGUCCAGUCUGAGGCAAAAUGUCAAAUAAUGUGAGGAAGCAGGAGGUCACUCAGGUGACCCUCAGUUGUGCAAUGCUUUUUUUCAUUAAUUCAGAUUAGGAUGAUUAUUUAAGGGACUGAAUGUUUGGAGUAUAUCUGAAUGUCCUGCAUGAGUCAGCAAUAAGACAAAUCAUUUGCUGCUCGCAUGUAAAUUUUAAUAUGUGAAAAACUAGCAGGUUAGCUUUUUUUUUUUUUUAGUGUGGUUCUUUAACACAUCUCAUUUGUUUGUCCUAAUUACUUUGAAAUUAAAUAUGAAAAUACUGUAA